AUGAUGCGCCGUAGAACCCCCUGGUGGAGAUCCAGUGCGUGCCGCAGUGCGACAAAACAAAAUGAUUCCUUAGCCCUCGCCCUGUUCGAAUUGCGUCGCCAUCUAAAAACCCUCGACGUGCGUGAGUACCGUCCCCUCGGCACUCCGAUUGAGUUUCGCUUCUACCAACGCUACACCAACCACCCAAAUCGGCAAUCCGGCAUCCAAUUUCUCACACAUUACAACACCCACCAACGGUUUCGCGUGAAAAAGGACUACAUCGACUAUAUGAAUUGGGGUAAGGAACAAGGGCAGGCUCGGCUGCCACACCGACAUCAACGCGUUGCGUUUGAUUUUCAUGACGAUCUGCACCCCACACUCGUCGAUAGCGAGACCACCGAGUGGUUCCGAGAGCAGGAUCCCACGAUGGGCCGUCAUCCGGACCUCACCACCAGCUUUGAUCCCAAUAAAAAAGUCUUUUCCCACCCGGAGCACUGGAAUAAGAUGUUUUCCAAGCGUCGACCGGGUGAAGGGGAUAUUAAACUCCACGCGUUGGAUUCUAAGAGUCUUUUAGGGCCCCUCGUCACCCAAACCGAUACGCAGGAGGUAUCCUACUUCCACAUGAACACGCAAGGCCCCACGCACGGCAAGGUGCCAGGGAUAAAUGCACCUUUUUUAGGGGAAUUCGAUCGGAAGAUGAUGCAGGCGAUGUCGUACCCGCUAAACAAAUACAACACCCUCACUGCGAACGACGGCCGCUUCUCGAAGACUAUUUUUAUCAACGAACCGCGUCGUCAUCAAUGCCUAUCGACCAAGCUGGCAAAGCACCUCAACCUGGUGAUUGAUCAGACCACCAACGCGGUGUAUAGCAAGCUAACGGUCCUCACCGCGGCGCAGUCGGGGCUUACCGAUUUUUUCUGUGGUGGUCUAGAUCUCGAGGAGGUUGGUUUUGAUGUGAACAUGGCCGUGUUACUGCGAAGGCGUGCGGAAAGUUUGAAAAGCCAGGGCGACAGCAAAAACGCCGCGGAGCGGGAACGGCUGUUGCAGGAUGCCAACCGUCAUCAGGAUCGCGCCGAUGAAGCGCUACGCGAACACGCCGCGCUGAUCUGGCGAGCCUACACCGCCCCUCGACCGUUUAUGACGUUGGUGAAUGGAAAAUGCCGCGGCACCGGCUGUGGGCUCGCGCUCGCGGCGAAGUUCUGUGCGUUACGCGACGCGACGGAGUUUAUUUUUGACGGCCCCCACAUCGGCCUCACGCCGUAUGGCGGGAUCACGCACCUUUUGGCUCGUCAAGAAACCUCGUUGAAGUUUCCCGGGCUCGCGGAGUUCGUGCUGCUCACGGGCACCUCUCUUUUCGCGGGCGAUGUGCUUCGGUUAGGGUGGACCGAUCUCUUCACCUCUUUGCCGGAUAUGACGUUUCAUAUCAAAGAGUGGUUUGAUAACUCCGAGCAUCUGCAUAACGACGCGGUGGCCUGGCAACUCGGACACCUCUUGGAGAGCUGUUUUAAGAUGAAGGAUGCGCACAGCUCGGCGAUGGAGCGAUCGGCGAUCUCGCCCACCCGCGCGCGAUGGAUUGAAGACGCCUUUGCGGAUCAACCAUCCGUCGAGGGGAUCCUCACGUCGCUUGGUGGGAUCGAAAAACUCGAGCUGGGGAGUCCGCAUAACACCAUGGAUGGCUGCUUCACCACACCGUACACGCUCGCCAGCGUGGCGGAUGGGGUGAAAAAGUUGGAAUCCUCGCAGCUACGUUAUACGCUCUCACCGUGGACGAUCACGCCGCCGGAGGAGGAGGCGGCGGCUCGACAGGCAGGGGAUAUCUUCCUCUCCUACGUCCUCGAAAGUCGUGGAAGCCGCGAGGUGGUGGUGCAUCGGGAUCGCGAAAAACUCCAGCGCUGGAAGCGACAACGGGAAGAGGAGUAUCUGAGGUACCGUGAGCUCCAAUCGAGCUGUUAUCUUCGGCACGUCUACGCGCGCCUGGAGGGGUGCGAGAACACCUUGGUAAGUUUUGAUUUUGACUUCGAUUUCCAAGCGAACGCCGGGAAGGCCGCCGACGCGGAUGAAUUGCGCGCCAUUACCUUAAAUCAGCUCAAACAGGCCGUCCUGAACGCCCUGAAGAUGCCCUCGACUCGUGCGAUUGAGUUGGGGUGGUAUCUCCCCACCCUUGAUACCGCCCACGUCCGCUCCGAUGCGGAGCUCCAGGUCGUCCUCCACAACGACACCGGUCUGGAGGAUAUCGCGGAGAACCUCCAGUACCCCCCGGUGUAUUUCAUCGUGAAACGGGUGAAUCUUUAUUUCUCCGAGUGGGCCUACGCGGUGAAGCAUCAGAUGCUCCUUCAGUCGCCUUUCGCCCUGAAGGCGAGCUUUGAGCUCCUCAAGGAGGUUCGACGGGACGCCACGACGUCGCAACAGCCUUGUCUCCUGGAGGAGGCGUUAGGGAUGGAGUAUAAAUAUUUCGUGCGCUGCAUGCAACGCCCGGACUUCUUCGACGUCGGCCAACACACCCUCAAGUCGGCCGAGGCCUGGGGGGCGAUCAAGGAAGCGCGGGAACGCCAAAUCCACCAAUCCCACCUCCCCAUGCGCCCCCUUCCCGAUUUUGAGGCGGUGUUUGAGCGGGAGGUCGAGCUCGAUGGGCAUUUCUUUCGGCUACGACCACGGUGGUCGCCGCCGACGCUGCAGGAGGUAUCCAAAGACGCGAUCGAGCGGCUGCGGGAGCCGCUUCAUUUCGCGCACGACGGGGUCGUUUCGCUCUGCGCGCGCACGCACUGCGGGAAGUCGAAGUUCCUCGACGGCAUGAUCGAGGAUGCAGGGGGGUUGGAGCUCGUCCACGAGCUUGGCGAGCUCGACAAGGAAGGGACGCCGAAGGUGGCGCCGUUGAAGGGGAAUGCACACGUGCCGAAUAAUGUGAACUUCUACGAGAUGGCGCGUCAUCCGUGGGAGGAUACGCCCUCCUCGUGGCGUCGAAACGGCUUCACCGAGGGCUCGAAGGAGUACUUCGAGGCGCAAUACAAGGAAGCGGAGCGGGCGGUGUACGACGAAGAAGGCAGCGGUGCGUAUUCCUACUGGCCGUCGAAAGACGCGAUCGAAUCCACCCACAGCGAGGUCGAAGAGCGGGGCGCGAGGCUGCUCGAAAAGCGGCUUUAUGGCGAGUUGGAACGUGCGAAACGCGGCGUCGAGCCGUGGGCCUCCAAACUCCGCGAAAAGGCCCUGGAAGGGAAGUUGCAGUACCGCGUCGAGAUCGCAACACAGGAGGAGAAGAUCUACGACGAUGAAUACUACCGUUGGUUCAUUACCCCAGGGCAUCACCCGAAUCCGUCGGGGCUCACGCUUGGUCGUAAAAAGACCUCCGCCAAAAGCAAUGAGGAUCGUGAGCUGGAGCAGUUUUUGAGUACUCUCAUCGCGGGCGGCACCCCAAAUGAGGCCCUUGGGAACAGCAACCCCGACGACGCCGAAGACGUCGAGAGUGAAUUCCUGGAUAGCGAUACCCUGGACCCGGUAAGGGAAAAACCAAACGAGGAGUUGGUUGAUCCUACCAAUGAGUUGCCCUAG